AGCUGUAUGAGGUUCUGCUUGGGUUCUCUAUUGUGAUCGACAUGGAUUGCUAGCAUCCUCGUUUCAACCCCGCUGUUCAACACGUUCUUCUCGCCAUCCUGGUUCCGAAUCUGCGGUCCGAGCAAUACCCUUCCUAAAGUCUACGGAGAGCUGAAUUUAUUUUUUUGCUUAAUCAUUCUAUUCAGCUGCUCCUGUUGCUUCGACAGCUAGCUUCGACUUAGAGUACGGUAGACCUGGGAGGUGGAAAAUAAUGCAUGUUUAGUUCUUUAGGAGGAAAAAAUGGUGUCCUUUUUUGGGUUUAAGAUUGGUGGUGAGAAGAAGAAGAAGUGCAUGACCGAAGCAGAGCCGGCAUCAGCUCAAGCGCGGAGGAAACAUGAACACGAUGUUCCAGGGGAGAGAGAUAUCGUUAACAGAGACGGCGGAAGAAAUGCGCCGAGUGGUGGAAAUGUUUACUCUGUUUCCCAGCCGGACGCACCACAUAUGUACAAGAUCACGGCCACGCGAACGAACACAGCACAAUCUAUAGCCAUUUCCGAAAACCCCCCCCAACCAAGCCAACCAAGUCACCCGGGUUUGAAGCAUGCUGCUUCAACCCCGAACAUAGGAAAUAACUGGUACAGCUCCUCGGCACCAGAAGAAAUACCACCGAUACCGACACGAAACCCAUCUCGACCGGCUACUCCCGUUAAGCAGCCAACAACCUGGAUGAAUCCCCUCGAAAUGCACGCCGUCAAAGGCCCGCCCCCGUCUCUACUAUCAUCGUCAAAAUCGCCGUUGGCUCAGUUUGAGUUAAGACAGGGCCUCUUCAGCGAACCAGCUUCUAUGUUUGGAGACGACGACGAUGAAGAACAUUCUUCGCAACCUCACCAGAUGAAUAGACCUAGUCCCAUUGGAGAAGGUUAUGAAUCUCCGCAAAAUAGCGAAAGAUCGGCAAAUAAGCCGAUAUCUCCUCCACGGUCUAUCGGGGCUUAUGAGGAGGCCGACUAUCCGGCUUUGGGACGACCAACUUUGCCCUGGGACGAAAAUUACCGCCCGUCAAGUAGAGGCAGUCAAAGGAACGUACCGACCACACUUAAGGAAGUUCAAAACUGGGACAUGUCAUAUUAUUGCCCCCCUUCGCCGGUAUCAAACCCUCGUGGUAGCGAGGAAAAAUCCGGGAGUAUUCUGAUGGAUUUGUUAGGUGAGCCCAUCCAAACGGUUGGGGCUAGGCGUGACACUAUGGCCUCCAUGGCCUCCAUAGCGCCUCGCAGACGUAGCGUGGCAAUGCAGGUAGAGGGGUUGGGAGUAGGAAUGGGGAUAGGGAUAGGGAGAUCGUACACAGACGAUCCGGUUCAGAGGGCAAGGGCGUCAAAUGCAACUGCAAAUGUGAAUGCAGAUGCGGAUGCACUACAGGCGCGUGUGCGACCUCCGCCGUUACAUAUUGAUACCCGUCCGAGGACACCGGACCGUGCUGGCACAUAUCCGCCCGCCCCUUUUAUAACGAACCAGCAAACCCAGUCACCAUUAGGUCAGAGUCCGCAAAGUCCGUACCGGGCACCUCGAAAUCGAAACGGGCCACCACCCGCCGCAGUCGGUGCGCGCGGCAGACCAGGUAGACCGAAUACCAAGGGCAUCCACCGACCCACCUUCAACGAGUACGAAAUCCAGCUGCAGUUGCAUUCGCGGUCACAGCCGCAUUCCCGUCACCCAUCCCAGUCCGGCUCCGACGGCGAGCGCCCACCAUCCCCAGACAGUCCUCUAAUACCACUGACUGGCCCCCUCGCCAGCCCACGCUUCCCACCCGUCGAAUCACAACUCGCGCCACCACCCCUUAAAGGCCCUGCUGCCGCUUCUAGGUACCGAACACGCGACCCGUCGCCAUUAGGCGGAUCUCCGGUCGAGAGGGACGAGCCCGAGUCUCCCAUCCUCGCCGUACCACGACUAGGCACCCGUAACGUUCCCACCCCUGACUCCUCGGACUGGCCUCUACCGUCACCGGACGGGUCCGCUUUGGAGCAUCCGUUCCGGACUGAUUCACCAUUCUUACGCAAUGAAUCACCGCUAUCAGCUCUACAAAUGCAGACGCCGCCGCGUGUGCUGCCAGGUUUGAACUCGCGCUCCGAUUCCCCGUUCGGCAUUCGCUCAUUCAACUUCAGCCGACCUAUGACGCCUACCUCAUCCUCGCAGCAUUCGCAGUCACCAUGGCAGGAACAUCCACAACCGCAUCCAUUGCGCGAUGUAAUGGUACCAAAACGCUCCGAGACUACGCCCAUAUCCCCUCAGUACCGUGACCCGGAUUUGUCACCGUCACCCGGACAGCUGCCGCCUCCGCGCGCCAACACGGUGAAUAGCAGAGGACUGAGGAGCCCAGCGAUUGUAGGGGAUGAUUUUGGGGGUGGGUUUAUUUAAAAGCCUUGCCCGCGUACGUCCUACGUUCUCCUAUUACUACUGUACUAUCUUUGUAUAACGAACUGAACUGGCUAGCUGGCAUUAUAUACCCGAGCGUCUGGGGUCGCUUCUUACGAUAACUGGACUGGCU